AUGAGUGCUGAUACUGCUUGUACUCUUGUUGGUUUUGGCACAGCUGAGCUGGCUACUUUUGACUGGAGAGCAGCAAUUUUUGUGGCAUCAAGCACAAACCUCCUUGUCAUGCAUUUUUCUUUAGCGCCUUCCGCGGGUGGGAAUGCCGAAGAUUCAUUGAAGCGUGAGUCUGGGACUAAGGUGCACCAUGGUAAUAUCCAGGCAUCAAAGGCUGUUGCUGACAUAAUCCGUACAACUUUGGGUCCUCGAUCGAUGCUCAAGAUGCUACUUGAUGCUGGUGGAGGAAUUGUGGUGACUAAUGAUGGAAAUGCCAUUCUGCGUGAAUUAGAUAUUGCACACCCAGCAGCAAAGUCAAUGAUUGAACUAAGUCGCACACAAGAUGAAGAAGUAGGUGAUGGAACUACAUCUGUCAUUGUCCUUGGUAUG